UAUAUAUAUAUAAUGUAGGCUAUAGGUUUUUUUUAAAUUUUGCUACAUAAUGCUUUAAAUUUAAUGUGGAGUCGAGGUUGCACCUUUAAGACUAGACCAACCUGUCAAGUUGAUUGUUCGCUACGCUACAUGCUGUGUGUAAAAAUAUGUUGUUCAAAGUACGGCGAUGUUUGAUAUCACCUGCGAUUUUUACAUCAAGAUUACUCUUUAAAGAAAAAUGGAGAAAUAUAGGUGUCGCAAGCAAAAAAGGUGACGUCUUUCACUGCUCUACGUCUUCAGCGGAUGGCCCACUGGUUGGUGUUCGGGUGCUCGAUCUUAGUCGAAUUCUGGCCGGACCAUACUGUACCAUGAUACUUGGAGAUCUCGGAGCAGACAUUAUCAAAGUGGAAAAGCCAGGUAAAGGGUGUGAUUCUAGAAGCUGGGGUCCUCCUUUCUGUGGAACUGAGAGUGCCUACUUCCUGUGUGUUAACAGAAACAAGAAGAGUGUUGCUGUUAACAUAAAAACACCUGAAGGAUCAUCUAUCAUUAAACAGCUAUCGAAACUAAGUGAUAUAUUGAUAGAGAACUACCUGCCUGGUCAGUUAGACAAAAUGGGGUUGGGUUACGAUCAUCUCAGAGUUGAUUCGCCACAUCUUAUUUACUGCUCAUUAACAGGUUAUGGUCAGUCAGGGCCCUAUGUUAAGAGAUCCGGAUAUGACAUCAUCGCUGCUGGCCUGGGUGGACUAAUGCAUAUAACAGGUCCUCCGGAUGGAGAGCCAUGCAAAGUGGGUGUGGCGAUGACCGAUCUGGCAACGGGCCUGUACGCCUAUGGUUCCAUUCUGGCAGCAUACAUACACAGACAGAAAACGGGCAGAGGGCAGCACAUACAGUGUAAUCUUCUCUCCACACAGGUGGCUUCUCUGGUAAAUAUAGCAUCUAACUAUUUAAAUGCCGACAUGGAUGCAAAACGAUAUGGAACGGCGCAUGAAAGCAUUGUGCCAUACCAGGCCUUUAAAACCAGUGAUGGUUACUUGAUUGUUGGGGCAGGAAACCGUAAACAUUUUGAAAUCAUAGCCAAGCUUCUGGGUAUCUCGUCACUGAGUAAAGAUCCCAGAUACCUAGACAACCAGAAACGAGUGGCUAACAGAGAACCGCUGUUGAAAAUGAUGUCAGACAUAUUUUUAACGAAGACCACUAAGCAGUGGAUGAAGAUAUUCGAUGGCUCAGGAAUACCAUACGGACCAAUUAACAAUAUGAAAGAGACGUUUUCAGACCCACAGGUAAUCCAUAAUGGCAUGAUUCAGGAGAUGCAGCAUCCAACAGCUGGGACAAUACGUGUACCGGGUCCGGCUGUUAAGUUCACCGGCAGUCCGACUGUGUUCCCCACCCCACCCCCGACCCUCGGCCAGCACACAGAUUGCGUCCUGCACGACUUGUUGGGAUAUUCUCACGCCCAGGUGGACGAGCUUAGGCAGAGGGGCAUUGUUCAGUGAAUUAUAGUCGUAAUCAUGUUGUUGAGAUUCUUUCCAGUGGUCGUAUUAUUAUACCGAGACAGAAUAUUCAGGUGGCUGGGCCAUGAUUACAACUAUUGUGUUCUACUUUGAGUGUAUGAGGUAAUACAUCCCGUUAAACUGUUUAAUCAUAGGUGCACUUUGAUGCAUUAUUAGACAUUUAUAUUGAUUUUUUAAAAUCAUUUUAAACCUG